AUGGCUUCCUCUGUGAUUUCAUCGGCGGCCGUUGCCACAGUUAACCGCACCCCGGCACAGGCCAACAUGGUUGCGCCAUUCAACGGCCUCAAGUCUACCUCAGCUUUCCCGGUCACCAGAAAGGCUAACAAUGACAUUACUUCCAUUGCAAGCAAUGGCGGAAGAGUUCAAUGCAUGCAGGUGUGGCCCCCAACAGGAUUGAAGAAGUUCGAGACUCUUUCUUACCUCCCUGAUCUCACUACCGAGCAAUUGGCCAAGGAAAUUGACUACCUUCUUCGCAUGAAGUGGGUUCCUUGCUUGGAAUUCGAGUUGGAGAAAGGUUGGGUCUACCGCGAGCACCACAGGUCCCCAGGGUACUAUGAUGGACGCUACUGGACUAUGUGGAAGCUACCCAUGUUUGGAUGCACUCAGGCAUCUCAGGUGCUGAUUGAGCUCGAGGAGGCGAAGAAAGCUUACCCUAACUCCUUUAUCCGUAUCAUUGGAUUCGACAACGUUCGUCAA